GCAUUUUGCAAAACAAAAUUUAAUUUUGUUUGUAAACAAAACUCAAGUUUCCAUAACUUUUUACUUGCGCUUUAUUUUAUUAAACGUAGUAAAAUUCUUACCGUUAUUCGUAGUGUUAAUCAAUAAUACUUAAAAUGCAACGCGAGGAAAAGCAAAUGGACAUGCUCCUUGAAGCCGUUCUCAAUCGGCUGAAUGAUCUGAAGCACUCGAUAGGAGCCAUGAUUCACCGGCUCCAAACGGAACAUGAAACCAUCAACUGGCCUACAUUUCUGGACAAUUUUGCGCUCAUUUCAAGUCACCUCACCGGUUUGUCGAAAAUCCUGUCAUCCGAAAUUGGCACCCCGCUUCGAAAUUUGACCGUUUUGCCGCUGCUGCUCACGCCGGAGCGAGACGAAGCCCUGCUGCAACUGACGGAGGGUCGCAUCCCGGUGUUCUCUCAUGAUCUGGUGCCGGACUAUCUGCGUACCAAGCCAGACCCCGGAGCGGAGUCCCGAAUGGCGGCCCACGAAGCCAAGGCCAACAACUUGCAGCCCGACACGGCCGCCAAACAGGUGGCCCAGUACAACAAAGUAAUAUCACACGUUUGGGACAUUGUAAGCAAGGCCAAGGAGGAAUGGGACACGGAAGCGUCGUCCCGACCCGGUAUCCAGCAGACCAGUUCGUUGGCGGACACGCAGGCACUGGUGGCCGCCGUUGGCUUGGGUAAUGGUUUGAACAUGCCGGUUGGGCCGGGAGGGGUACCCAACUCGGGCAUCAUGAUUCCUCCCGCCAUCCGGCAAGCUUCACCGAUGAGUGCCGUGUCGCCUGGAGCGGGACCACUCGGGAAGAUGCCCUCCGGUAUUAAGACUAACAUUAAGUCGGCCAAUCAGGUUCACCCGUAUCGUUAAAUAAAAGAGAGAUGACUGUAACUUUA